GAUCGAUUUGGCAACAUCGCAAAUCCCGUCGAAACUUUUUAUAUAUUUUCACACUGUUUAUUUCUGCAUUUCCCCGUGAAAUAUGUCCCUAAUCGCGAGGAUUUUCCGUGAAAAUGGAAAAGUGCCUAUUCUCGCAUCUUCCCGAUAUCAAACAUUGUGUUUUUCCACGCAAGCGGACGAGAGAGAAAUGGAAAAAGAAGAUUUUCGCGUCCUAAACCUGCGAAACACGAGAGAGCAGAAGACACAGAGGCAGCCGGUGAAGCGUUAUCCGGUGCCGCCGCCCAGGAGCGAACAAAUGUCGGUGCAUCAAGAUUGGGGUGCAGUCUGGCCGGGCCCGAGGACUUUCCACCCGGCCACCGUGCCUCUGCCGCUCCGCCAGGGCUGGGUACCCAAGGGAAAGGCCCCGCCGAGCAAAGUGGCUAACACGGAACUCAUGAAGAUCCCGAAUUUCCUGCAUUUGACGCCGCCAGUGAUUAAGCGACAGGCGGAGGCGCUCAAGAAGUUCUGCACGCCUUGGCCAAAGCAGCUGAAGAAAGAGGAAGACGUGGAGAAACACUUUCCGGUGAAAGUGAUCACUUCGGACUACUGUCACGCCCUGCCGACAAUCAGGAAUCCUCUGGCGAGGAUUGUGAGUGUGAAGUUGAGGCUUUCGCGGCUGCCGCUGGACAAGCACGCGAAGGAUAAGUUUCUGAGGCUCGUUGGAGACAGAUACGAUCCGAAGACAGAUAUUCUCACCAUUGUCACCGAUCGCUGUCCGCUGCGGAAGCAGAAUUACGACUAUGCGAUGUAUCUUGUCACAGCGCUUUUCCAUGAAUCCUGGGUAAAAGAGCCCUGGGAGGACCUGAAGCUGGAAGAGGACAUGGAGGAGUACAUUUGGGAGAACAACAAGUCCAGAGAAGUUGCUGAGAAAAUCGUGAAAUGGGGUCAAAAGGACGAUGAGAAGUGCGAAAUCCCGAGUUCAUUCAAGAAAGCUGUAGAGAAUCUUCUCAAUAGGAAUGAAAGUGACUCUACUUUGUCUAGAUACAAGGAUGAAGUCGUGAAACUGCUUCAAUUGGAUGAAAAAGUGGAGGAAAAGUGAAAAUAAAUGAGUAGUAGAGAAGGUUAUAA